AUGGCGAGAAUCAGGUUGGAAUUUCUGUCCAUCACGUUGCCCGUUCUUCUUCUUGCCUUUUUACUGGCACGGGAAUUCGACCUCAAAAACGUCGGCGAUGAGGGGAAAUAUAUCCAAACGAUCGAACAACAGCUUGAUCUGCCCACUACAUGUCAAACCAGCCAUCUGACGGCAUUCGAGACGGCUAAUCCGUCCAUCCUCUUAUCCACCUCCCCAUUGGACCCGUUCGAUGCACCAAAAUUCUCCGCUCUCAACCGGACCGCCGGUGAGCAAUGGGCCUUUGAUGGGACGUCGGCAUCCGGUCGCAGCGGGCUGCUGCUUGGCAUCUACCGUGAUGCAUCUUAUGCAUUCCUUGGCCCCGGCAACUUUCGAGUGUCGCUCGACGUGGUCUGGGACAACGGGACCACCUUCUCCACGGUCGAUUACCUCGCCCGGUCCGUCGUGCAUGUCUGUGAGAACCAGGUGGUCGGGAUCUGGGCCAGCGCCAUAGACGAGUAUUACGUCUUCCAGGCGACGCGGGAUUCCAAGCACGCCAGAGUCCACAUCCACACUAAGGAAGUAACCGGCUCCUUUGCUAUUCACUCCACCACCCCGUCCAGGUAUCCGAAUGGCGCACUCGUUUCGGACAAGGUCGCAUCGACCUGGAAUGCGCCAAUGCUCCACUGGGGCGAACCCAUACCAGCCGGCGGGAUCGAAGUUGACCUGACUAUUCAGGGAAGUGCGUUCCGAUGGACCGGCUUGGGGGGCCAUGACCGCUGGUGGUCGGGAAAAGGAUGGCUAGAAAUCCUGACAAAAUGGGAAGCCGUCCGACUCACAGCUGGGCCAUACUCUCUGAGCUUUUGGCAGCCAACCUCCCGGUUAAAUGGCGUCUCGUAUCCGUCGCCCUUUCUGACCAAGCACGGGGUCAAUGUAUUUUCUGCGCAACGCAAUUCGGUCUCCGAGACGGACAACCACAUUCUCUACCGGUCUGCUCCAGCCCCGAGGGACGGGGGAAGUAUGCAUGAUCCGGUAGGGUACGAGAUCGAGCUGAUCUCGCCGUCAGUGGGGAAGAAGUGGUCGUUCACUUUGGAGUAUCGUAACCAGGAGUUUGCAUUCGACCUUGGUGGCGGGGCGGGAGGCAGUGCGUAUGUUGGGCGGGUCAAAGGGGGAGAGGACGGCGAGGAGCCGUACGAGGGCGUUUUUUUCAUUGAACAUGUGGAUGUCGAGUCAUUGACGGUGCCGAAACUGUAUGUGAUCGUCUGCGAGUGGUACUAUCAAUUCCGAGCAAAAGUUUUGGGGAGAUGGGAUGUGAGUAUGUAG